CUAAUAAUUCAGAACACUGCAGGAAUUCACUGAAGUCUUAUGUUUUCGGGGGCAAGGAGGGUGUCUCUGAAGUUUUGCUUUGUUUGGAUUUUUUAUUUUACCAAUUGUGGUAUUCUGAUGGAUUUGCUUAAGAAGGUCUUAAAGUAGUAAAGGUUACACAAAGGAAUCUUUCAGGAAUUUUUUUUUGCUGACAAAUGUUCACAACUCUUUUCUUGUAUAAGGAAGUAACAAACUGUAAAUGCCAACCGUUCUGUUCCUUGUUUUUACAGUUGCUCUGCACUCUUUAGGGAGUAGGAAGUUGUGUGUAGCCAGUAGGAUUGCAGGAACUGAGGCAGUAAUCAUUGGUUGAGUUUUCAACUGUGAUUUGAAUGCUGGCAUAUUUGUCGUGACAGAAAGCCCUUUCUGUUAAGAAGCAAGUACAGGAGUUUCUGAGAACUUUUGUAUGCUGUGCAUCAAGAUGCAGAAUUUCUCUUGGAUUGAAGUUGUAAAUUAUGACAGGCACUUUCAGUUCCUACUACAGCACUGAAAACCGGAAGAAGAGGUAGUGUGACCUGUGGGAGACCAGCUUCCCUCAUGAUGCAAAGAGAAGAGCUCCUGUUGCAUUUCCUGUCGUAAGUUAAUAGACUGAAUGAAUGUAGUAAAUAUUUGAGUAAAGCGAGCAAAUAUCAAUUACAGUUUGUACUGUGCUUUACUGAAUAUGGAAGAAAAUAAUACUUUACCUGACUGCAGUGAGUAUUUGGAACAAGAUAAUGAAACAGAGAGCAAAUCCAGCCAGACUCUCCUCACUACAUUUUCUAUGAAAGCGCUUUUUGGAUUUACUUCUAAAUUGGAAUCUACAGCCUCAAAAGAAGACACAGUCCUUACUGCAUUUCGCCCUUUGGAUGCCAAUGCAAAAGCCCAAGCUGACAACCAAAAUAUGAAGAUUAAUGAUGACGAUGCAGAAAUUCAUCAUAUAUUUCCCAAAAUACAGCAGGCUGACCCAGAGGUCACCGGCCAGAUGAACCUGGAGCUGGAGCUAGUGGAACAGAAAGAACUACCUUUUCCUCAUUUAGAGUCUGCACAGCCUCUUUUGUCUGCAUCUGACAGAGAAGACAAGGAUUCCAUUCUUGUGCAAGGUACUUUAGUUCAUAUAAAAAGUGACACCGAAUCAGACAAUGAGAGCACAGACCUAGACAGUGAGGCAAGAGAAACAAACAAAUCUGUGUUCAAUAAUGUUGCUUUGUCUGCUCAGUUUUUGGAAAAUAACAAACAGUGUAAGGAAGAGUCAGAAUCAGACAGGCGCAGCGAAAGUGAAGGUGCUGUGGAUGGAGAUGCAAUUGAGUCAGUAUCAUCGCCUCCUAAGCAGCUUUCAACAGGGUCAGGGGAUGCUUCGGAAUAUGGCUCUGUUCCAGAAGACAUUAUGUUAGCAGAUGAGCCUUCCAGUGGCUCACCUGCCACAGGGGAGAGCCCUCGAGAACCUGGAGGUGGUGAAGAGCAAGGGUCUUCCAUGAAUAACAUAUCUCCUCAGAAAACAGCAGUGGGUGAAAAGUCUUUUCAGCUUCCAGCUUUCUUUAGUGGGUUGCGCGUGCGGAAAAAAGGACAAACUGCUGAAGAGAGAGAAACUGUCACUGAAAUUAAACAACGAGACAGUGAUUUGGCUUUGCUUAAAUUAAGACAGCCUGUUAAGAAAGCCAAUAUUACAUCAGACCUGUUUGCUAAAAAGAAAUCAGCUGAACCUAAAACAAAUCCUAAUAUCCUGGAACAGCUCUCACAUCUGUUCAAAAUUGAUGGUACCAAAACUGAAGAUACAGCAGAAGAUUCUGGUGAGGCAAGUAGUGAGACCGAGGACAGCGAGGGAGGCCCAGAGAGCAAAUCCUCAAGCCAAGAACCUCAGUCACCUUUUGAAGAAACAAAACUGGGCCCGGCUGAGUCUGCAUUGGAUGUAUUUAAGGCUCUGUUUAUGCAGCCUCCAAAAAAGGAGACAACUGCAGACACUUCAGAGCUAGAAGCCAUAAAACAAAAAAUGAGACAUGAAAAGGAGUCAUUGAAAGCUGUAUUUGAACGGUCAAUAUCAAAGCCUGGAGAUGGAACAUCUGAGCAAAAAUCUCCUGACCUGAGUCCCUCAGAGCAGGAGGAUAAGACUCCAGGGAGGCUUCAGACUGUAUGGCCACCACCUAAAGUAAACGAUCAAGAAGAAAAAGUGGGAUUAAAAUACACUGAAGCAGAGUACCAAGCUGCCAUUUUGCACUUAAAGAGAGAACACAAGGAAGAAAUUGAAAAGUUAAAGUCUCAGUCUGAACUCAGGGUCUUCCACAUUCGUGGAGAGCAUGCUUUAUCAACUGCAAAGCUUGAGGAAGCCAUUGAAAAUCUCAAGAAUGAACUGGAAAAUAAAUUAAAUAAAGGAAGUGAGAAAGCAAAGGAUGUCUGUGUAUCCACUGAAGAUGAGAACCCACCAAAGACUUACAGAAAUGUUUGUAUACAGACUGACAGAGAAACCUUCAUAAAGUCUAGUGAAGAGGAAAACAGAAUUGUGAAGAAUAACCAAAUAGUACCUAAAAAACUUAAUUUAUCGUCUUUAAAUCAUAAUAUUUCAGCCCAAAGUGACAAUAAGGAAACAUGUUAUCCUAUGACAUCUCCAGAAAGUGUUUUAUCUUGUCAACCAAAACAAACAUUGCCGCUACCACCACCACCACCUCCGCCUCCGCCACCACCACUUCCCCCUCCUCCCGAAUCUCCAGCACCAAAUUUAGUCCCUCCACCACCUCCAUUGCCACCAGGCUUGAGAACCUUUCCACUGAUAUCCCAGUAUGGAUCUGACCCACCACCACCUCCUCCACUUCCCUCAGGUUAUGAGAAUCUUCAAGGACUGCCACCACCACCACCACCUCUGGGAUUUGAGCCUCCUGGUCCACCUCCAUUGCCUGGCUGUGGGCUACCUCCUCCACCACCACCUCUUGGAACUGGGUUCUUUUUUAAUAGCACUUUAUCUUCAAGCCAGGGUCCUCGAAAGCCUACCAUUGAACCUAGCUGUCCUAUGAAGCCUUUGUACUGGACCAGGAUACAGAUACAAAACAGAAGCAAAACUUCUACACCAACUUUAUGGGACUCAUUAGAAGAACCUGACAUACUUGAUACUAGUGAAUUUGAAUAUUUAUUCUCCAAAGACACUGCUCAGGAAAAGAGAAAACCAUUAUCAGAAUCUUAUGAAAAGAAAAACAAGGCCAAAAAGAUUAUCAAAUUGCUGGAUGGAAAGAGAUCCCAAACUGUAGGAAUUUUGAUAUCCAGUUUGCAUCUGGAAAUGAAGGAUAUUCAACAAGCUAUACUAAAUGUGGAUGACUCUGUAGUGGACCAGGAAACUCUUGAAGCACUGUAUGAGAAUAGAGCACAAAAAGAUGAAUUGGAGAAAAUAAAACAGCAUUAUGAGACUUCAAAAAAAGAAGAACUGAAGCUCCUGGACAAGCCAGAACAGUUUUUAUAUGAGUUAUCUCAGAUACCCAAUUUUGCAGAACGUGCACAGUGUAUUAUCUUUCAGUCAGUUUUCUCUGAGGGGAUAACCUCUGUACAUCGGAAAGUGGAUAUUAUUACUUGUACAUCUAAGGCUUUGCUGAGCUUGAAAAGUGUGAAGGAAAUUCUAGGUUUGAUUUUGGCUUUUGGAAACUAUAUGAAUGGUGGGAACAGGACACGAGGUCAAGCAGAUGGAUUUGGUCUGGAAAUUCUUCCCAAACUAAAGGAUGUUAAAAGCAGAGAUAAUGAAAUUAACCUUGUGGAUUAUGUUGUCCUAUAUUACCUGCGGCACUGUGAUAAGGAAGCUGGAACAGACAAGAGCAUUUUUCCUCUACCAGAACCACAGGAUUUUUUCCAGGCCUCCCAAGUUAAGUUUGAAGACCUAAUAAAAGACUUAAGGAAACUGAAGAGAGAUCUGGAAGCCUGUGAAAAGCAAAUGAGAGUGGUUUGUAGAGAAUCUUCAGAACAACAUCUCCAGCCCUUCAAAGAUAAACUGGAAGAGUUCUUUCAGAAAGCUAAAGAAGAACACAAGAAAGAAGAGAAUUGUUUGGAGAAUGCAAAGAAAUGCUUUGAAGAAACAGUGGGAUACUUUGGGAUAAAGCCAAAGUCUGGUGAGAAAGAGAUCACACCAAACUACGUUUUCACGGUGUGGUAUGAGUUCUGCAGUGACUUCAAGAUCAUUUGGAAACGAGAGAGCAAAAACAUUUCCAAAGAAAGAAUUAAAAUGGCACAGCAAACCAUAAACAAGUUAACUGCAGAGAAGAAGGUUGAAACAAAAAAAGUCAACCCCACAGCUAGCCUGAAAGAAAAACUACGUCAGAAGCAAGCCAAUGUGACCACCAACUGAAAGAAGACACAUGAAAAUAAUGACAGUGUGACUUAAUACCUUGCAUGAUGCUUUACUGUGUCCAUUCCCUAGGGAGCACCUUAUGUUAGAUGUUAUGGAAUCCUGCUUUGCACAUCUUUCCCAAGACAAUCCACCAGAGAUUUUUCAGUUCUUGUAAGCAGUUUGCUCAUUCUGUAGAAGGAACACUAAGCUGUUUACAGGGGAAUUAUGAAUGGUUUUAUAUUACUCUUCCUUACAUGGUUUUAAAAUGACACUGUUUUCUAAAUGGGUAUUUGAAGUAGUCUAUGCAUAAUGCACUAACACAAAAGAGGUAAAAUCAGGAUGUUGGACCCUGAAUUAAGUAACUACUAACAAUCUGUACAUUUUUUACAGGGACUUUAUGUAGGUUGCAACAGAGGUAUCGUUCAGGUUGAGAGGCUAUUUUACCAUAAGUUUUGACUUCUGUACUGAGUGCAGCAUUGAUUCUAAAUAAUAUUUAUAAUGUAUAAAUAAUAUUAAAUUAGUCUUUCUAAAAUUAAUGAAGAUUCAUUAUAAAUGUAUUAUGUAUUUUACCAUAAGUAUUUUUAUAAAAGUCUGAGUCUGUGCCACAUGCAUUGAAAUGGAAAACAAUAUUUUGCACAUGGGAAGAGAGAAAUAGCCUCAAAUUCUGUUGUCCUGUGGUAUAUGUAGAUGAUAUCACUAACGUUAAUUUUAUGGUGUUGACUUGAUGAUUCUUGCACUGUCUUCAUGUUGUCUGGUCUCACAAGAACAAAUGACAAGUAUUUUUUUUUAAUUCAACGCAUGGUCAAAUUAUCAACGCCAUCAGAUAAUUUAUUUGUUAUCAUUCAGCUAAGGGGAGUACAUAAUAUAUCCCCUUAAAGUUAUACCAAUAAAUCUCUAGCUUUCAAUUUUCUUGAAAGCCAUAUUAUUUAAUAAUAAAAUAGGGGGGUCAAAGACAUGGCCUGCAGAGCCCCAUCAUCCAGCCCCACACCACUGCCCUUGGGUCCAAAGUUGACUCUCAAGCUGCAUGCAAGACCCAGGAUGCAGACCACGCAGAGCACCCACUCUGCCCAGCCCAGGACCCAUGCUACAUGCUGUGUGGGGCCUGGAGCAGCUGGAGGAUGUGCCAUGUGAAGCACAUGUCCCAGAUUGGCCCUGCACAGGCACCACAUGCAGCGCAGUCCUAGACUGGCCAGAGUGAGUGUCACAUGCACUAGAUCCAACACACGGGAGUGAAGAGGGUGGAUCUAUGGGCCAACUGGGGAGCCAGCUACACAGGCUGUUCAUCCAGCCUGUGGGCUGGUCCUGCAUCAUACAUCAAGCCUGCAGGGCCUGGUAAAUUUGAUACCCAUGCUAUACAACAUAUUUUCCAGCUUUUUUUUUGUCUAUCGUGUAUUUAUAACUGUAUGUACUCUACUGUAUAGAAUUUGAGGAAUAACUUAUAGAAUUACCUUAAUGUAGUCUUGUGAUGAUAUAAAAUUAGGAUUUAGGGCCUGAACCUAAAAAGUGCUGGAUGCCUUCAGGAAAAAUGUUACUUGAGGACACUCACUGCUUUCCAGGGUCAGACUCCUUAUAAGAAAUACCCAUGCAACAGAAAAAGUUUUAAGGUGAAACAAAAAUAGACACUCUUAAAAAAUAAAUAAACCUUCUGUGAUGGGCUAACACUAGGCUGCAACUGAACAGCCGAAUAUGGAAAGAGCAUCUGAAGAACAUUUCAAUUUACUAAAUCACUAAAACAUUAAAAACUAGUGUUAUUAUGAGACAUAACCAAUGCAAAUUAAAUAAUGAUUAAGUAAAAAGGAUCAAAAGUAUAAUGAGGAAGAUAUUCAUCCCUUUUCCUAGUACUGUAAAGGGUAUGCAUGAAAGUAAUAUACUGGGUUAUCUACAUACAUGAAAUGUUAUAGGAUUUGUUAUGAAGUAUUAGGCAAAGUUGAUAUGUUUGUUAAAGAAAAUAGUAACUGAAGCAGCUUAGUUCAUGUUUCCUAUUCGGCAAAUUCUUAAUUUGCAGGUUCCUUAAAUGGUUAUUAUUUCAUUCCUGUACAGAUAAACAUAAGGGACCUAAGACAGGCCUAUAUAUUUUGGAAUUUAUAGCUGCUAUUCAAAGAUUUAAUAUGCAUAAAUAUCUUACGGAUGAAAACAAAUCAAAUAUAUAUCAAUGAAGGUAAAACGGA